GCCAUUAGCCAGCAACUUAUCAACGCGUAAUUUCAUCAUUGAUCUCGCCGCCAAUAACACAGAAAAGGCGAUUAGGUUCGGACACUGCCGGAGUUAAAACGAUGGCGUGGGAGUCUCUCUCGUCCACCUGUACCCAUCCCACUCGUGGCAGCUUCUGGCAUGCCACGUACUGUCGCUGUUGCGGCUCAUCGUCUUUAACUCUAUAAAUAGAGGAUGGCUUUCGUACAUUCUCGUCGUUCCCAAACAAGUCAAUUAAGCUGCUGGUUUGAAAUUCUGCUGUUCGAUGGGUGCUUUGGACUAUAUCUCCGAUCUCUUCCCUAGCAGUUACCGUCGACGUGGCAAGAAGCUCAAGAGACGCAAUCAACUCCAGACGGUGGAGAUAAGGGUGAAAAUGGACUGCGAGGGGUGCGUGAGGAAGGUGAGGAAGUCGGUGGAGGGGAUGAAAGGAGUGAGCCAGGUCGAUGUGGAUCAAAAGCAGCACAAGCUGACGGCGACCGGCUACGUCGACCCGCAGAAGGUGCUGCGGCGGGUGAGGCUCCGGACAGGGAAGAAGGCGGAGAUGUGGCCUUACGUGCCGUACGACAUGGUGGGGCAUCCGUAUGCGCCGGGGGUGUACGACAAGAAGGCGCCGGCGGGGUUCGUCAGGAACGUGGACAUGCAGGACCCUCGCGCGUCCGGCUUGGCGCGCGCUAGCUCCACCGAAGUCAAGUACACCACCGCCUUCAGCGACGACAACCCGAAUGCUUGCUCAGUGAUGUGAUCGGGUCUAAGUGCUAAAUUGCCAAUAUAAUAUAAUAUAGUCUUUUCUGUGUAAUAUAGUCUUGGGCUUGGCUUAGCAGUAAACGCAGCCUCCCAAGUGAUCAUAUAAGGCAAUAUUCAUAUAUGUAGUAGGAAGGGAAAAGAUCGAGUUAUAUGUAUGUACAUAAAUAGCAUACGAAAUGCAAUAUUACCGUCUUAAUUUGUGUA